GACACAUAGUUAAGGGGAGUGAACUCAACACACAGGGGAGGGCUCAGGGGUGCUUGGGACAGACUCACAGAUGCUUUGCUGAGCAAACACACGCCAUCCAAGUCUCUCUCAGUGCUGGGUCCUGUGCUGCCCAGGGCAUCAUGGACCAAGGCAACACGACUCUCCCACCAACCACUGGGGUGAAUUCCAGCCAAAACCCAGCAGGUUUGAAUGCCACUUACCUGGCCUCUGCAGUGUUGCUCUUCCCCACCUUCCUGGUGGGUGUGGUGGGGAAUGGGUUGUACCUGUGGGUGCUGGGACUGAAGAUGAGGAGGACGGUGACCACUCUCUGGUUCCUGUCCCUGGUCUCCUCUUACCUCCUCCUCACCCUGCUGAUCCCCUUCUUCAUCAUCUCCCUCCUCAUGGGUUUACACUGGGUCUUUGGCAUGGCCAUGUGCAAGAUCCUCAACACCUGCAUCUCCGUGGGCAUGUUCUCCAUUGUCUUCCAUCUCACCCUCAUCAGCCUGGACCGCUACACUCUCACUCACCAUCCCAUCUGGUCCCGGAAUCACCGCACCAUGUCCCGGGCUAGGAAGCUGGUUGUGGGCAUUUGGCUGGCUUCCUUCGUUCUCAGCACUCCCUACCUGGCUUUCCGGGAGACCCGGGUGGAGGACGGGGACAGGAUCACCUGCAAGAAUAAUUACGCUCUUUCCAGAGACUGGAAUGGAGCCAAGAUGAAGGACAUGGGCAGACGGGUCCACCUGGCCAUUUUCACAGUCCGGUUCCUGCUGGGCUUUCUGCUGCCCUUCUGCACCAUCACGGGAUGUUAUAUCUGCGUUGUGAUGAAGAUGAAGGAGAAGAAGCUGGCAUGGGCUGGGAAGCCCUUCAAAGUCAUUGUGACCACGGUGGUUUCCUUCUUCCUUGGCUGGCUGCCCUACCACCUCUACCAUGGCUUGAAGCUCUCCAAUAAGGAGGUGCCAGAGUCAGUGAUGGGUGCCCUCUUGGUCAUUUACACCUUCACAUCCUGCUUCAAUGCCUGCUUCACCCCCAUCCUCUACCUCUUUGUGGGGGAGAAGUUCUGGCAGGUCUUCAGAACAUCUCUUCUCACUCUGGUGAAAGCGGCUUUUGUCGACGAUCUUGGCAGCAGUGCCUCCGAGUCUAGUGGAAGACAUGGGACAGAAGUCGAGAACACAAAAUAGUUGAUGGCCUGAAGGUGCACAGACUUAGGGAGAGUUGAAAUCUUGCCAUCCCAUUUGUUCUAGAUUCCUGAUGGUUCUAAAUCCAAAUGGGUUUCAGGUAUCUUACUAUUCAUAAACCCUGUAGUGUCCCUGGAUUUUAGAUUCCCUGCUCUCUCUAGAAUUCAAUGCAUUCUAGGUCACUCAAUUUUUUCAAACUCAGUGGAUCAUCAAUGGCAGCAGAUUAGUAGCAAGCUCCAGAAUUUUGUUUGUUUUAGAUCUCUCAAUGUGUUCUAACCCAAUUGACUCUCUUGGAUUCUGCGUCACUAGCUGGCUCUGGAAUCUCAUUUACUGUAAGUCUCUCAAUGUGUUCAAACUCAAAGUCUAUGGGUUCUAGAUUCCCAUCUGGAUCUAGGACAUCACUGGAUUCUAGAGUGUUUUCAAACCACAUAGAAUCCAACAGGUUCCAGAUUGUUUGCUGAAAGUUUCAUCGUGGUUCUAGAUUUCCAAAUGGUUUAAAAUCCAUUAGGCAUAGUAUAUUAUAGAAGAGUCUGUGUAGUACAAUAGUGAUAUCUAGCUCUUUUCCAGUAUUUGUAAUCAGUAGAUCUCAAAGAACUUUAGCAAGGAGAUCAUUAGCAGUCUUUCAGUUUUUAGAAAUGGAGAAACUGAGGUACAGAUUGGGGAAGUAGCUUGGCCAAGGUCACCCAGUGGAAACUUUGCUAAGUCCAGUGGCAAAACCGGGAACAAACCCAUGUCAGCUGUCUCCCAGCCCAGGUCUCUAUCCAUGAAUUUCCUUAGAUUGUGAGCUCUCUGGGACAGGGACUGUCUUUUUGCUCUGUGUUUGUACAGAGCCUAGCACAGCGGGAUCUUGGGCCAGGAUGGGGGUUCCCAGUACUACCGAAAUAAAAACUAAUAAUAAAUUCUCAUUCCCAGGCAUUCCUUGAACUACAUAAAUUCUGUACAUUUUGUGGGACAUCUCUGACAUAAUUUACAAACACUGUGUGAUUCGCUCACUAGGAUAUUUUGUGUGGGGAGUUUCUGGCUUAGUUUAACAGCAGCCGGUAAGGAAAACAAGCCAGCAGAAUGAAGAGCAGCUCCAGAGAAACCACCUGCCUAUGAAAAUUCAGGGUGGUGAAGAGGCAACGUGCGAGCUAGUAACUGUGGUGCUGUAUAGAAUGUAGGUGACCAUUCAUAAUAUUAUGGAUACCAAUAUUGCGAAGUUGCAUGAAUCAUACCAGGUAUGCCAUGUAAGGUAUCAGUAGAAAAAGGUAUGAUUUGCUAAAUAUGGUAAGCUUGGUUAUAUGUAUGUGUCAUGUUUGUAUUUGAGUUAGAAAAAUGUGUGGUAUAUUGAUAUCUCCAAUUUGUGCUGUGUAUCUGUGUGACACCCCCAGAUAGAUUGGCAUUAGCACUGCCUAGUCUGUUCGAUGGCCCAUCAAGGGCAAUCGGCUGUACAGUAAACCCGUUGAGAGAAGCCAGGGGCUAUGCCUCUGAGUCAGCAGGACUUAUAGGGACAUGCCUGGGGACAGGGAACUCCAAGACCUUCUCCAUACCCAAAUGCUGGGAACUUGUGUUUGGGACAGAGGAUAUAUACAGGAUAUAAGACGGCAGCUGCAUCUUCUCCAUUUUGUCUUCAAUCCUGGUUUUGACCUCUGGAGAAACUUCUGUACAAACUGCAGGUCUGAACAAAGGCCUGAAUGACCCAUCCAAGCUUUGGGUGUGUUCCAGAGGGACUUUACAAGCCAGCAAACUCACCAGUGAUAAAUGGACUUUGAAGUCUCUGUGUGUAUAGUAAAAACUUUGAUUUUAGAUGCUAAAGGAUUAGUUGACAGUGUGGUAUUUUUGGGAAAAAUCCAAACCAAUAUUGAUCUGGUAAUGAGGCUGGGCG